UCUAUUCAUUCAUCACCGGCAAAAUUAAUAAAUUCUUUUGAGCAAACCAAAAAGUAAAGAAAGUCUCACUUGUCCCAAUGGCUCUUAGUUCCUUUGCUUCGGUCCCUUCAGUUUUCACUUUUACUACUAGACUGCAACCAACACCAUCUACUCCUGGUGUCUCAUUUCCAACAUCAAAAACAGGGACUUCUCUUGGUUCAAUCCGAAUCAUGGCCAAUACUAAAAAUUCUCGAGAAAGCAACAUUGCUCGGCGAUCUGCAAACUAUCAAACCCCAAUUUGGCAUUUUGACUACAUUCAGUCACUAAGAAGCGAUUUUGUGGGAGAACCAUAUGCGAGAAGAAUCAAUAAGCUGAAAGAAAAUGUGAAAGUGAUGCUCGAGAAGGAAGUAGAUCCCAUAGCACAACUAGAGCAGAUUGAUGUGUUGCAAAGGCUUGGACUGGCUUAUCAUUUUGAGGAUGAAGUAGAAAAUAUAUUGAAGAGAGUAUACCAUACGAAUUUUGGUAAUGGAACUUGGAAAAAUAAUUUAUAUGCCACAGCCCUUGCAUUUAGACUUCUCAGACAACACGGGUAUUCGGUUCCUCAAGAGGUUUUCAAUGAUUUCAAGGAUGAGAAGGGGAAUUUCAAGUCCUGCAUGUGUGAGGAUACCAUGGGGAUGCUAUACUUGUAUGAAGCUUCAUACCAUUGCAUAGAAGGCGAAAAUCUUUUGAAGGAAGCAAGAGAUUUUGCAACCAAACAUCUGCAAGAAUACGUCGGUCGACGAAAAGGAGAUCAAAAUUGUGAUCUUUCAAUGUUAGUGAACCAUGCCUUGGAGCUUCCUUUGCACUGGAGAAUGCUAAGGUUGGAGACCAGGUGGUUCAUUGAUGUAUAUGAAAAGAGACAAGACAUGAAUCGAAGCCUGCUUGAGCUUGCUGAAUUGGAUUUCAAUUUGGUGCAAUCAAUACACCAAGAAGAUCUUAAAUAUGCAUCCAGGUGGUGGAGAAGCACAGGCCUUGGAGAAAAUUUGAGCUUUGCGAGGGACAGGUUGAUGGAGAACUUUUUCUGGACUGUAGGAGUGAUAUUUGAACCUCAGUUUGGAUAUUGUAGAAGAAUGUCCACAAAGGUCAAUGCACUAAUUACAGUCAUUGAUGAUAUCUAUGAUGUGUAUGGUACCUUGGACGAAUUGGAGCUCUUUACAGAUGUUGUUGAGAGAUGGGAUGUGAAUGCAUUGGACCAGCUACCAGAUUACAUGAAGAUAUGUUUCCUUGCCCUUCACAAUACUAUAAAUGAGAUGGCAUAUGAUGUGUUGAGGGAAAAAAGAUUGGACAUUCUUAAAUAUCUCAAGAAAUCGUGGGCCGAUAUUUGCAAAUCUUAUUUGCUUGAGGCAAAGUGGUAUUAUAGUGGAUACAAACCAACCUUGCAAGAAUACAUUGAGAAUGCAUGGAUUUCAAUAUCUGCACCUGUCAUACUUGUGCAUGCUUUCUUUUUUGUCACAAAUGAAAUAACUGAAGAGGCUUUGCAAUGUUUGGAAGAAUACCCAAACGUCAUCCGUUGGUCAUCAAUUAUCUUACGACUUGCAGACGAUUUAGGAACAUCAUCUGAUGAAUUAAAAAGAGGUGAUGUUCCUAAAUCAAUUCAAUGUUACAUGCACGAAACUGGUGCUAGUGAAAAUGAAGCUCGUGAAUACAUAAAACGUAUGAUUGGCGAAAUAUGGGAAAAAAUGAAUGAAGAUGGAGUUCCAAGUUCUAACUUCUCGAAGACUUACAUUGGAAUCGCAAAGAAUCUUGCUAGAAUGGCGCAAUGCAUGUACCAACAUGGAGAUGGCCAUGGUGUUCAAGACAAGGAAACAAAGGACCGAGUCUUAUCACUACUUAUCAACCCCAUUUCCCUUCAUGAUUAGUUAACUAGUAUACAUAUAAAACACAUAAUUAAGUCUUUUAGAAGACAACCUAUUAGCCUUGGCCAUCCAAUUACUUAUAGAUCGAGUUUUGUCUUUCCAUUGCUUAAGCCUUGAUAUGAUAUGUACUAUUCUAAUUAUGUAAUCCAUUUAAACAAAUAAAUCUUGACUAUUGAAAAUGUUUCAUUGA